CGAUUAAAUAGUCCGCAUUAAGACGCGGUAGGCAUCCCUUAGAACAGUAUAUUUGCUUUGUAUCAUUCUGUGUCGGCUCUCGAGGGAGCUGGGUCGUUUCAACUAAAGAAAAUGGGUUACACGGCUACCGAAAAUGUGGUACAAAGCAGCACGUGGGCUGCAACGAACAUGUUCUAUGUUCUCCUGGUACCAGCUCUCAUCCUCUGGUACGCGUACUGGCGUAUGUCCAGGAGACGUAUGUACGAGCUUGCUGAGAAAUUAGAGGGUCCGCCUGGACUGCCUCUGAUUGGAAACGCUUUGGACUUCACCGGGGGAUCCGACGAAAUUUUCAGGAACAUUGUAAGCAAAAGUUAUCCUUACGACAGGGAGUCCGUUAUCAAAAUAUGGAUCGGACCCCGUCUCAUUGUGUUCCUGUACGACCCGAGGGAUGUGGAGUUGAUCCUUAGCAGUCAUGUCCACAUUGAUAAAGCUGACGACUACAGAUUCUUCAAGCCCUGGCUCGGAGAUGGUCUUCUGAUCAGUACAGGACAAAAAUGGCGGUCUCAUCGCAAGUUGAUCGCACCUACAUUCCACUUGAACGUGCUGAAGAGUUUCAUCGACCUGUUCAACGCCAACUCCCGCGCUGUUGUCGACAAGCUGAAGAAAGAGAGCGGUGUGUUUGAUUGCCACGACUACAUGAGCGAGUGCACAGUGGAAAUCUUGCUUGAGACCGCUAUGGGUGUCAGUAAGAGUACUCAAGAUCAAAGUGGUUUCGAAUACGCCAUGGCUGUCAUGAAGAUGUGUGAUAUCCUCCACUUGAGACACACAAAGAUCUGGUUGCGACCUGACCUGCUUUUCAACUUCACUCAAUACGCUAAAGUUCAAAACAAACUUCUUGACGUCAUUCACGGACUAACCAAAAAGGUCAUCACAAGGAAGAAGGCAGAGUUUCAAUCUGGAAAGAAACCAACAAUUGUUACUGAGGUCGAAGUACCGAAGAACAGUUCAUCCAAGACCACAUCAGUUGAAGGACUUUCUUUCGGUCAAUCCGCUGGUCUUAAGGACGAUCUGGAUGUGGACGAUGAUGUUGGUCAAAAGAAACGUCUCGCUUUCCUCGACUUACUUCUAGAGAGCUCACAGAGCGGUGUCGUGAUAUCGGACGAGGAAAUCAAGGAACAAGUCGAUACUAUUAUGUUUGAGGGUCACGAUACAACAGCCGCUGGCAGCAGUUUCUUCCUGUCUAUGAUGGGUAUCCAUCAAGAUAUCCAAGACAAAGUCGUUGAAGAACUCGACCAGAUAUUCGGUGACUCCGAUCGUCCUGCGACAUUCCAGGACACAUUAGAGAUGAAGUACCUUGAAAGGUGUUUGAUGGAGACCCUGAGGAUGUUCCCACCAGUGCCCAUCAUUGCGCGUCAUCUGAAACAAGAUGUAACCCUUCCAUCGAAUGGCAAAAAGGUGCCUGCCGGGGCUACCAUCGUCAUUGCGACAUACAAGUUGCACCGUCGCUCUGAUGUGUAUCCUAACCCAGAUACAUUUGACCCUGACAACUUCCUACCCGAACGUUCUGCGAAUCGUCAUUAUUACGCUUUCGUGCCUUUCUCUGCUGGACCCAGGAGUUGCGUCGGUCGUAAAUACGCUAUGCUCAAGCUGAAGAUCAUCCUAUCAACGAUACUCAGGAAUUUCCGUAUCCACUCAGACCUCAAGGAAUCUGACUUCAGGCUUCAAGCUGAUAUCAUUCUCAAACGCGCCGAAGGAUUCAAAGUACGUUUGGAGCCACGCAAACGGAUGGCCAAGGCCUUCUAAAUAAUGACCAAAACGCCUAUAUCUGUGAAAAAUAUAGUUUUUUACGGUUUUUAGUGUUAUUAGUGCAAAUGAUACCAGUACUGACUAAAUUAUUAAUAAUUUUAUGUAUAAUGGUGGAAGAACUUGUCGAAACGGGUUGUGAAGUGGUUAAAGAAUAAUAUGUUUUGCUCAAAUCUGUUACGGUUAUAUUUUUUUGUAAAUAGUUAAUUUCUCUCACUUGAUUUAAACGAAUAAAGAAUAAUUAAUAU